AUGGCUUGUGUUGAACAAGACAAGCUGGGUCAAGCAUUUGAAGAUGCUUUUGAAGUACUGAGGCAAUAUUCCACUGGAGAUCUUCAGUACUCCUCAGAUUACAAAAAUUACCUGGCUUUCAUCAACCACCGAUCUCAUGUCAGAGGAAAUUCCAACAGCUAUGGUGUGCUGCCCACAGAGGAACCAGUCUAUAAUUGGAGAACAGUAAGAAACAGUGCUGCGGACCUCUAUCUUGAAGGAAAUAUUCAUCCAUCUCUGCAGAGCAUCCCUGAAAACCAGCUGGUACAGCCUACUCUUCUCCAGCAAAAGGGAGGAAAAGGCAGGAAGAAGCUCCGACUGUUUGAAUACCUUCACGAGUCCCUGUGUAAUCCCGAGAUGGCAUCUUGUAUUCAGUGGAUAGAUCAAACCAAAGGCAUCUUUCAGUUUGUAUCAAAAAACAAAGAAAAACUUGCCCAACUUUGGGGGAAAAGAAAAGGCAACCGGAAGACCAUGACUUACCAGAAAAUGGCCAGAGCACUGAGGAAUUAUGGAAGAACUGGAGAAAUCAUCAAAAUCCGGAGAAAGUUAACUUACCAGUUCAGUGAGGCCAUCCUCCAAAGACUAUCUCCGUCUUAUUUCUUGGAAAAAGAUAUCUUCUACUCACAGUAUGUUCAACCUGAUCAAGGAUAUCUCAGUUUAAAUAACUGGAAUGCAAAUUAUAAUUAUACAUACGCCAGUUACCAUGAGCUAAGCCACCCUGAUUGCUAA